AUGGCGAGAGAUCAUGAGCCUGGAGGAGCAGCUGAAUGGGAGUUGCCAGGCUACGACUUGAAGACAUCCAAGUCGCGUCGAAUGAAACAGUCAUCUAAAUCUCAUCGGACAGCUCCAUCCAAUAUGACCUCAAGAAUCGAACCACAGAAACAGCAGCCUCAAGGUCAGACCCAGCAAGGAUCCACCACUCGCGGCAUGAUGACUCCCAAAAGCCAAACUGCACAGAUAAGAGGUAUUGAUCGGCCGCUGAGAGCGUGGGGAAGCCCUGCGGUUCGACAGACCACAACGCGACAAUAUUCAAACCAAUUCUUCAAAGACUCGCCCUCGAAGGCCAAAUGGCGUAAUGGAGCGCAGCCCAACGGUCGGUUCUUCGGAGUAGCGAGGACCACAAUAACCGGACGGAGCUCUCACGGCUCUCAAGGCCGUCACGAGGUGUUCGAGGAAAUUAGCAAGAAGACAGGUGCUUUCGUAAAGCCGCCCGCCUAUACAGACCAGAUUGCCUCCGCAAAGGAGCAUCUUCAAAGAAUCAUUGCAAAGUGCACCAGUCCCUCCGUUCCAGCCAAGAAAAGGCUUGAGUGGGCGAAGAUCAACGCACACUCCGUCAACAAGGAGGCAGAUGUUGAGUUGAAGGAAAGGCGCGAACACAUAUUACAGCAGCUCAGAAAGGCCCCUGAGAAUCCUUCGACUUUUCCGGAGCAGAUGCUCUUUUUAUGGCCAAGAGAAGGCCCGUCUCUUGUUGACUCCCUCGGUCCACAACUAGAGGCUCUAGAUGUAAUCAGGGCGAAGUUCGGCUGUCACUUGUUCGUCCCAAAGGACAUGCCAGCCUACAUUUGCGCCUGUGGACAAUCCUGGGAUACGAUGAGACAAAUAGUGCAGUGUUUGAGGACCAAGUGGAGUGAAAUCAUUGCCAAUAGCAAUGUCAAGUCCAAGGUUUAUGUUGUUGAGCCUCCUGCGCCAGCCUCCAUGAAAGAAGCAAUCGUCAUGGAGCGCAACAAGCAGUUUGGAAAAGCACGCCUCCAGGGCUCCCGCCCCAAGGACCUCGAGCAAUGGGAGAUCCGAGCCGCCUUGAUACAAUCGAAGAACAAUGCUCGUCUUCUCCAGGCGAUCGAGAGAUCUUUGCGUGGCGUUGCCUUCGUUCGUGGUCAUUUGCGCAUGCGUAUCAAUCUCGGAUCAUUUGUGCUGGAUGAAUACCGUCUCCCCAAGGAAGAGAAGCCAUCGUAUCAAUUUGAAGAGUUUAGAGAAAUGUUGCUGCAUGAGCAAACAAAGGGCCGCUUGAUCCCAGGACUGAACCUUGGUAAAGAUGAGCUGCUUGCCAGAUGUUUCAAGGCCACCGAUAUUCUCGAACCCUGCGACAGCGUGACAGGAAACCUUUCUGAUGCCGAACCGGCUUUCUCAGUGAACUUUGAGUUUCUGGGAUCCAACAAUGCGCUGCUUCGAUUAGAAGCAGAGUUUGCCAAAAGUCCUGGUGCGCAUGAGUAUGAAAUAACUCAACGACGUUGGCUCAGUCCACGUAAGAGCGGCCAUUCUGCCGACCAGCGGCCCCCUCUCCAGAUAGGUAUCAUCGAUUUUGAGAGAUCCGACUGGCAGCUUGAAAUAAAAUCCCUCGAGUUCUAUGAGACAUCCUCCAUCAAUGCCGCACUGAGGUCUUUCUCUCAUUCUAUCAAUUUCCGACGCACUGCGGACAUCAACGACAUCUCCGCAAAGCCACAAAGGAAGGUCGUCUUCCCAGCUUCUGCCCCAGUGUCCAGAUUUGUAGAAAAGACAGCGAUCAGGUACCGACUCAAGAACACCAAGUACAUCCUCGAGAUCGCCCGCUACGAUGAGUACAGCCGCACGACUGCGCCAGGGUACGGUGGACAGAACUCUGCCGCCAUCACCGGUCCAAUCUCCGAGGUCCCCUCAAGUUCUUGGGGUGCAUCGAUCUUCGAUCCAAACUGGGACAACUUGCUCGGACAGCAUGCGAAUAUACCGCUUGGACAUACGGCAAGAUACAGUCCCAGUCUGAACACGUUCUUUCCACCCAUAGAAGAGACCACCGGAGGCAAAUACGAAGGAUUCUGGGAGUUGAUUGCUUUGGUGAGACGGGUUGCGGAGCUGCUAGGCUCAACAAAGGCUUCCUCUGAAAACGUGAAGCAGCGAGUCCCUAAGAGCCCUUCGAGCGAUAAGUCUGAUGAAGCCAUUACUGCACGUCAAAAUCGCCAGCAUGUCAACAUCGGCCCUCAAAUGCGUGUCUUGUUGGACGCGGAUCUCGGCACGUUGUUUUGA